CGUGACACCAACAAAACUAAUUCGCAUGAUUCAAACGCGAACGAGUACGAGUGGAUCCGAUGCGAACGAAAUCCGGGAACGAAAUUCAAGGACAACUCGCUGAUAGUUUAAACUAGAGUCAUCCAUGAUAUAGAAUUUAAUAGAAUGGGAUUCCGACGCAGUGAGUACGGUCGCCAGUACCGGGAACCCGCCUGGGACACAUACCAAGACUACUACAGGCAACAGGUAUCAUACAGGGCUUACCGCAGGCAGCUGGAACACCACCACAACUUUGUAGAAUGGGACUGGGACACAGAGAGUGAAACAGGAGCAGAUGGAAGAAAGGAAGGGGCCGACAGACCGGAGCAGGUCCAAGCUGCGGGUUCAAUGCCAGAGGACCAUUGGAACAGGCAUGUGAAUGAGGGGGAAGCCAUCGCUGCUAGGGGUGUGGCUGAUAGAGAAGUGCAGACACCAGAUUGGGGCAAUGGGAAGAGCAGUAAGAGAAGGAGAAGUGGAUCCUCCAGAGAUAUAUCAAAACGAGAAAGACAGGUACCUGAGACGACACCCCGCCCCAAGACAAGCUUAGAGAGGGUACGAGGAGGGGGAGGAGCAGAAGGAACAAGACCACCAUUGCUUGCCUUUGGUUGGGCCGACAGCAAGAAAGACAUGGGAUGCAAGAAGACAUUCAAUGUCAGAGCAUCAGCACAUGGAGACAACACCCAAGUCUUCCCAGCAGCCCUUCGUGCGAUGAGGAGAAACCAGUAUGCCAUCGAGUACCGCGAGGAGCAGAAGAGGCGGGAGAAUCUGAAGAUGAGACGGUUACGCGCCGCCUUUAACAUCCCACCCCCUGAUGAUACGGUUUGGACGACCGAAUACCAGAGAAACUAUACGGCACAAUCUCAAACGACUAGGAGAUCAGCCAGGAGAUGAUUAAAAAUUGUGAUAUUAGAACAUUGGAAUUUUUAUAGGGGAUACUGUGGGAGAUGGAGUGGGGGCAUAUUGAGAUAGACUCCUUGCUCUGACACAAAAGCAUGUAAUAAAGUUAUUUUCACUUCUGACUGAUGUACACAAGUACAGUUAGGGUAUUUGCCAUCAUUGCCAUAAGAAAGGGUGUACUUUUCACCCUAUCAUGAAAACAAAAUAUUUGAGGCACUAUUUAGGUGAUGAGAUCAUGACAAAUUCUUGUUCACCAAAAUCUAAGAUGGGAUCAAUGUUUAAACUCCAUGUGCAAACAUGGUUCCUAUAAGGCCCCCUACCCCUCAGUAGGGGAUAAUAUAUUCUUUGUUGGACAUGUGUUUGGUCCUGGAAAGGACCACCAAACCUCAAUGUUUCAGCAAGUUUGUCCUUGCUUUUUCAGAAGAAGAACAUAUGUGUUGAAAUAGCCAUUUAGGGUGGACCCUUCUCAGGACUAAACACAUGUCCAAGAUAGAAUACUACAGUGAAGCAUCCACAUUGCUACUUAUCCAUUCUCUGUCAUAGAAACAUUCAAAAGUUAUAUAUUGAAGGGAAUAGAUGAAACAUUUCAAUCUAUCUGCAUUACUUGCACAACCAGGUCCAUGUUUCAUCGAUUUCAGUAUGAAUUCUGUUAAAUUGAUUUUAGCUGAUGAAACAUCCCUGUCAUAGCACUUGCAAUCAGGAUUACUUUAGAAACAUAUGAAUUUGUAGAGUAUAUAAGAGAUACAUUGUACAAGGAGCAUCAGUCAAACUUCUGACUGUCUUGAGGGAAAUAUUGAAUAGUGCCUGAUAUGUAUAUAUUCUCAACUCAGUAGUUUAUAAAGAAUGCAAAAUAAAGACACCCAUUUAUAUAUAUCCAUAUAUAUUUUAUUAUUUGACCAUACAUAUAUGUAAAUACUUUACAAUAUUUAUAAUUUGGGAUGAAGAUGAUUGAUGGUGUUUUUAUUUAAUGAGAAACAUUAAUUUUUCUAAGUUUUCAGUCAUACAAAUGCAGAAACAGUACCUAAAUUUGUUUUAAAAAAUAUAAUACAACACAGUAACUAACAAGUCCGGAAGAACUUACUGAAACUGUUGAUCAUGAUGCAUUUCUAUUUACUGCAAAAUCCUCUUUACAAGUCCUUGUUCCCACCACCAUUUUGUUUUCCUCCUAACCUCUCUUUAACAAUACAUGUGAUUAUAUCUUUAUAUAUGUAUAUACUUUGAGAGAAAGUGGGGCAAUUGCAUAUUUUUAUUUUGUUUCUUAUUUUACAACUUUUCUUCCCAAAUUUACUCCCAGCACUAGUAAUAUGAAUUGCAGCUGUAUCAUGAAUGCUUCAAAUUUAGGCAAAGUAUAUAUUAAAAGUAAAAUUAUUACUCCAA